AUGCCGGAUAGAGCGCCCACACGCCCAGUUGGUUACAGUUUGCCAUCGACCUCACCGUGCAAUCCCCCGCUGGAUUGCAUCACAACUGCGCGUACGCCAAGGCCCGUCCAUUCCACUGUGCGCCCCGCAAGUGUUGCGACACCAUUCCUCUUAGGGAGCAAAUGCUUUGUCAAAGGUGGGAGGUGUGGAAGCGAAAGUGCCCACGCGCUGGGUCCCUUGCGUCGUGAGAGCCUUACCACGGCGGGAGGGAGCAUCUCCAGUCGCCACGGCUUCACUCUGAGUCCGAGUGUGCCUACGAAGUAUCCUCCUAUCUCGGCCAGUUCGUCACGCACCGAGGAUCCCAUAGGAUCGCGCUACAGCCCAGCGUGUAAUCCUUCAUCUCAGUCACCCAUCUUGCCCCCCGCACGGUCGCGGGCGAGAUUUCGACGGACUCUUACAGGUACUGCCUCGACCGCUUCUGAUGCUGACAGUUUCUUUAUUCCCCCCGUACGCGCCGUUGACGAGGGAAAGCUAGUGGUUGUUCUUGACCUCGAUGAAACGCUGGUAUAUUCGCGCGCUGGCAUGAUCAUUCCGCGUCCUGGCAUCAACCGACUUCUUGAUGUACUGCGUGGACGCUGUGAAGUGGUAGCCUGGACUGCGGGGGAAAGGCUGUAUGCCAUGGAGGUGUUGCAGGAGAUAGAUCCCCUGCGCUGCAUCCAACACUGUAUCUACCGCCAUGAAAAGUGGUGGACAGACAGACCCGGAUAUAUGAAGGAUGUGGCGGCCUUGGGUCGUCCACUCCACCAGACGAUCAUCAUCGACAAUACACCCGAUUGCUUACGAGCAAAUACUCGAAAUGGGCUGCUUGUUAGUGACUUUAAGGGCCAAUACGGAGGGUGCUCAAGGUUUGACAGCACCCUUUUUGUUCUUGCUGACGUCAUUGAAGACGUCUUGAGUAGUCCACAGGUCACCAUUGAUGCCUUCCAUAGCCACCCGGAGCUCCGGCGUCGUUGUGUGCAAUGCGACACAGGCGGUUUCAUUGAGGUGCUUACGCUUAAGCAAGACAACUUUGUUGACCAUAACCCUCCACACGCUCGCCGUGCGACAUCAUACCAAGCGCCAAAGGAACUUCUAUGGCGUCAGAUGCUUGGAAUGUAA